AUGGGUCGUCAGGGUUCCAUGGGCGGUAUGCAGCCUCAGCCAGCGCCAACGACAUCCGGUUCAGCAGCAAGUGGCAUUCUCGUGUAUUUUCUUCCUUCCCCCUCCCCCUUCCACCCACAUUCCCAUCGGCUGAAACGCCUACCCUACCACCAUCAACUCCUGUGUUAUAAUAUGAAAACACCACCUUCUACGCCGUUCCCUGCACCCUUACCCCUAUUAUGUAAUUCAUUGAUUCUGAUCGACCUACCUUGUUCUCUAUUUGCGUCUAUUGACUCCGGCUAUGGCGAAACUGGAUAA